GAAUUCAUCAGUGGGAAAGACCCUCAAGUUGGAACUGCAAUAGUUUAUUGUUCGGCACUAUGGGAGCAGGGAGAUAAAGAACUGUAGUAAUUGAAACGACGACAGUACAACGAAAGCGAAAAAUAUUGAUGGAGGUUGGGCCGGGCCGGUUCACAAGAAAACUCCCCUGGUUCAAGUAGAAUUCUCACGCCAUCACCUGUUUAUGUCGACAGUGUACGGACCUUGCUAAGUGUUAUCCUGCGACGACUGUUUCCUGGACAUCCAAGGCGUCAACUACCUCAAUUUCUCGCUUCUUUGAUACCCCGCGCUGGCGUAGCUCAGUACAAUGUCGUUCUUCAACUCUAUCGGUCGUUCCAUGACCCGUGCACCAAGAAAUGCUAAACGGUCUCCAACUCCAACCUCGGCAACGUUCUCUCCUGUGGAAUACACAUCGAACUCGACACCUCCAUCUCCAGUCGUGGCAACCCCAAAACCCCUCUAUCUAUGCAGUCCAUUUGUAGAAGCAGCAUUGGUAAAAGGAAACUUCAAGACCAUUGUUAUGCUGCCAAAAUAUGUUGAUAUCAUGGAAUGGGUGGCGGUGAACAUCUUUGACUUUUAUACCAAUCUCAAUGAAUUUUACGGAGUCAUUACUGAAUGCUGUACAAAGCAGACUUGCCCGACGAUGUCUGCAGGGCCUGUAUUGAACUACACCUGGAUCAAUCAGGAUCGCAAGAGCGUCCAUCUUCCGGCACCGACUUAUAUCGACUAUGUUAUGACAUGGGCUCAAAAUCUUCUCGACGAUGAAUCCGUAUUUCCAACCAAGUCGGGGCGUGACUUUCCUCAAAGCUUUCCAUCUACCGUAAAACACGUCUAUCGUCAACUAUUGCGCGUCUUUGCGCACAUAUACCAUGCGCAUUAUCACCAAAUCCUUCAUUUACGAUCUGAGCCGCACUUCAACAGCCUGUUCGCACAUUUCCUUGCAUUUGGUCGUGAAUACGAGUUACUGGAGAUGAAAGAUCUGAAGGGCUCGUCCUCGGCUCCCGUAGGAGUAGGUGCCCUAUGGGAGCGCUGGAGAGACAUGGGUAUAUUGGAUGGUUAGGCUGCUUUCCAAGUACAUCUUUCCUGUGAUCUGGCUAUCGCAAGGAACAGUACAAUUCAUUGCUGUCCAAUUUUGCAGUUCUCGCGUAUCUUUUGUAACAGUAAUAUCAAUGGACUUUUUUUUUUACUUCGAACGGGAGUGUUUGCUUU